CGAUUUUUACCAUUUGCACUUUUGCAGGUCAGCUUCGUCUCCGGCGGCUAAAACCCUAUAACCCACACCCAUUUUUUAUAUCUUCAAAAUUACACCAUAUCUUAAUGAUGAAAUCACUAAUCUUUCCAUCAAGAACAGCCUCAAUCUUGAUCCCAAAUCUUGUUUUUAAUCCCUCUAAGUCGCUAUCUUCCGUUUCUAACUUCGUACCUAUUAGAAACCCUCAUUUUAUCCCUGAAGUACGUUCUCUUAGAUCACCCUCAUCAUCUUUUUCAUAUUCUUCUUCAAGCCCAGAUGAAAACGGCCAUUGCUACCAAACUGAGGGUGAAAUUCACGUAAUUGUGGGUCCUAUGUUCGCCGGAAAAACUACCACUUUGCUUCACCGGAUGAAAUCUGAAAGCUCUAAUGGCAGAAAUGUAGCUAUUAUAAAGUCCAGCAAGGAUACAAGAUACGGAUUGGAUUCCAUUGUGACACAUGAUGGAGAGAAGCUACCGUGUUGGCCACUGGAAGCGUUAUCAUCAUUCAAAGAAAGAAUUGGUAUCGAAGCUUAUCAUAAGCUUGAGGUGAUUGGAAUCGAUGAAGCUCAGUUUUUUGACGACUUGUAUGAUUUCUGCAUCAAAGCUGCUGACCAUGAUGGUAAAACUGUAAUUGUUGCUGGCUUGGACGGUGACUAUUUGCGAAGGAGCUUUGGAGUACUGGAUAUAAUACCAAUUGCAGAAUCUGUAACAAAGUUAAAGGCACGAUGCGAGCUGUGUGGCAAGCCUGCUUUCUUUACCUUACGGAAAACAGAGGAAACGGAAAGAGAACUGGUUGCUGGUGCAGAUGUUUACAUGCCAGUAUGUCGAAAACAUUAUGUGAGCGGCCAAGGAGUCAAAGAGGCUGCAAGAACAGUUCUUGAAACACACAAGGUUCAGUGUCGCUCAUUAUCGUAGGUUCUUUAAGCAUUAAAACUAUGAAUUUGUGUUGUACACUAGAAUCCGUCAAUCAAAUUUAUAUAAAAAUCUUUGUUGGC